AUGCCUCAGAAACUAAUUCUUGUUCUUGGUGCAACUGGUGCCCAAGGCCUCGCAGUGGUCAAUAAUCUUCUCGCACCUACUCAUAAUGGUUUACCCUCACCAUACGCUGUCAGAGCUCUUUCUCAGAACCCCGAGAGUCUCUGUGCAAAGACUCUGAAAGCCAAAGGCACUGAGGUCAUUCAAGGCGACACAAACGACCUUGCGUCAGUCACAAGGGUGUUGAAAGGUGCAUACAGCGUAUGGGUUAACACUGAUGGAUUCACUAUUGGUGAGCAGAAGGAACUUUACACUGGCAUGAGGAUAUUUGAGCUAGCUAAAGCUAUGAAGAUGGUGAAACAUUUUGUCUGGAGCAGCUUAGACUAUGGUUUUAAGAUUCCAUUUAUCGUGAACGAUGCAGAUAUGACAUGGAGCAUCGUGACUAGCAGGCCUUACAUGGAGAUGCUGAAAAUGCAUAUGUUUGGCCCCAUGUAUGAGCACACCGAUAGCACACUUGUUUUUGCAUCCCUAAUUGGGGAUGGUUAUGUCCCCAUGAUCGGCAUGUCGGAUCUAGGAUUUUUUGCAUGUUACACAUUUGACAAUCAUGCCCUCACCUCCGGCAAGGACCUCAAGAUCACAAGCAAGAUGGUUGGUUGGUACCAUCUAGUCUUGACUUUUAUCAAAGUCACUGGCAAGAAGGCCCGGAAAGCUGGUGAUGGGUCAAUGACAUGGAAGCAGAAUUUCUCUGGAUGGUGGUCCUUGUUUCAUGACGAUGUGUCGAAGAGGGACAUGGAGUGGAUCAGGACGGUCCAUCCACAUGUACACACAUUGGAAACAUGGAUGAGAGAAACAAAGUAUGACAGCUCUUGA